AUGGAGCACUUUAAGCGGCCCACCCUGAAUCUGGCCAAGAAGCACGGCUCGGACAAGAAGGAGAAAAAAGAUCGAUCCGUGUCGAAAGACAAGCACGCCGCUGCACGACCGCCCGCGCAGCCAAAGCCGAUCAAGAUGGAUUUGCUCAUGGAGUCGCCACCCAUUCUCAUGCUCGAUCCCGCAAACGUAUCUUCUGGCGCCUUGAUUUCUGGUCGCCUCCAAGUUACCCCACUAGCGGAGGAGUCCAUUCUCGAGAGCAUCACAAUGUUUCUUGAAUGCACCACAACGACUAAACGGCCCGUCCAGGAACGGUGUCGCGAGUGCAUGACCCAAGUUAAGGAUUUGUACGAAUGGAAGUUCCUUGCCAAACCAAAGUUCUUUACUGCCGAGGAAGGCGUGCAAGAGCUACCAUUUUCGCACCUCAUCCCGGGACAUCUCCCUGCAACGACACACGGGACCAUUGGAUCGAUCGACUACUCGCUCCACGUACGAGCUCGUUCGUCCGAUGGUCAGGAAGUUGAGUUCCGCCGGAAUUUGGUUAUCAACCGAGCUCUCCGCGCCGGCAAUGAGAAGAGCAGCAUCCGUGUAUUCCCACCUACGAACCUCUCUCUGCACGUUACAAUGCCCAACGUUGUCCACCCUAUCGGCGAAUUUCCAGUCACUUGCCGCAUGACGGGAAUCACCACCAAGCGUGAAGACACACAGACUCGCUGGAAGCUCAGAAAACUCACAUGGCGCGUAGAAGAGCAGGAAACUGCCAUCUCUCCAGCCUGCCCUGCCCACACAGCCAAAGUAGGAGGCGAAGGAAAGGGCGUUCAACACGAACACACGCGAGAUAUUGGAAUGGACGAGGUGAAAAGCGGCUGGAAGACCGAUUAUUCCGACGGAGUGGUCGAGGGGGAAUUCGUCUGCAGCAUGAACCCUUCCAGCAAACCUCAAUGUGGCGUGGAAUCGCAGAGUGGGUUGAAGAUCAAGCACAAUCUGAUUCUCGAGCUCGUCAUUGGCGAGGAGUGGGCUCCCAACAAAAAGCCCGACAGCGCCACUCCAACCGGAGCGGCACGGGUGCUGCGCACGCAGUUCUCUUUGCACGUGACGGAGAGAUCGGGUAUGGGAAUUGCAUGGGAUGACGAACAGCCACCAAUGUAUGAGGAUGUGCCGGACAGCCCGCCGCAUUACCAGAAUGAGAGAACGAUUGUCAUGGACUAUGACAGUGCAGACCUGCACGAAGACAUUGAGGGCUUAGUCUUGUCACCUUGA